AGUGUUUGGCACACAAUUCUAGCUUUUAUUUCAUGUAGCAAUAAAACAUGCCUUGGCACAAGGAGUACCUAAAGUGUUGUCAGAACUCAUGGAAGGAUAGAAGAAACCUUGGGGCACAAUAAACAAGUCUAUACCAAGAGUGUUUUCCCGCUGCAUAAUUAGCGGUGAAAGAUUGCGGCAUUGACCUCGAUAACUUUUUCUGACAGGGCAAUCAAAUGUUAUUUUUUUAAACCGGAUGUUAUAAAAGCGGCAGCUAUCGCGUAAAGCUGUGCAUUUGGUUCAUCAUUUGCUUAAUCAUAAGUACAACCUGUGAACUUCAGAUAAGAGAAUGCGAGCCAUCUUACUUUUGUGGCUCUUGGCCAUUGCUGGCGCCGUGCAGGCACAGGAAAAUGACCAAGGAAAUGACUUGGCGCAAGGCCCUGGAAUAGGGAGAGGUAGCGGCAGUCCAAUGUGGGGAGGAGGCAUGGGCCAAGGUCCAAGAGGUUGGGGCCGAGGUUCAGGAGGAGGCUGGGGCCAAGGGCCAGGAGGAGGUUGGGGCCGAGGUCAAGGAAGAGGAAUGGGUCGAGGUCCAGGAGGAGGUUGGGGCCGAGGGUCUGGAGGAGGCUGGGGCCGAAUGCAAGGAGGAGGAAUGGGUCGAGGUCCAGGAGGAGGUUGGGGUCGAAUGCAAGGAGGAAUGGGUCGAGGUCCAGGAGGGGGCUGGGGCCGAAUGCAAGGAGGAGGAAUGGGUCGAGGUCCAGGAGGAGGUUUGGGCCGAGGGCCUGGAGGAGGCUGGGGCCGAAUGCAAGGAGGAGGAAUGGGUCGUAGUCCAGGACAAGGCUGGGGUUGUCGCGGAAUGGGUUGCGGCUGGGGAUGUGGAAACGGCCGUUUUGGUGGUUGCCCGCGAAUACCCGGAUGUAUAAACUGCCCCUUUAACAACAACUGCACCAGGUGUAACCCUCCACUGAGUCUGCUAUCAACGGGUCAGCGGGCCCAAUGCGUGCGCACUUGCCCUUUCCGAUUUUCUAGGAUGAAUGUGAAUGGCUCAUUUGUUUGUCAAUGGCGUGGGUCACUUGAGGGAUGUUUGGACUCGAUGUGUUCGGGCUGCAAAAAUGGAUACUACUAUCUUGAGAAAGAUGGAAGAUUUUGCCACAAAAGCUGCCCAAAAGGCUACUUUGUCAGUUACGGGAGAUGUCUGAAGUGCUUGAAAUCAUGCGAGUCGUGCAGUACCGCUAUAAAAUGUGAGAAAUGCAAGAAGGGCUUGUUUAAGGUGCGCAUGCCGUCAAGACCACAGAGUGCCAUAUGUGUACCCGAAUGCCCCCAGGGAUACAAAGGGAUCGUUGUCAACGAAACAAGUGAACAGAUAUGUCAAAAAGUGUGUCACGUGACCCACUGUCAAAGCUGCGAGAGUGACAGCUAUCAUGGUCAGCGGCACUGCGAUGUUUGCAGUCCUGGCUAUAACAAGCACAAGAUCUACGCAAAGCUCGGGUUUGGCGUAAUCUAUGACGACGAGUGUAGAAAGGAAUGUCCCAAAGGCUACCAAGUGGAGAUGAAUAAACUGGGAGGAACUGAGUGUGUAAAACAGAUCGUCAAGAGGCCUGGGCCAGGUGAGCCCAUCACACCUGCAGUGGAAUCCCGACGCAGAUUCGGAUGAAAUUCUGACCGACAGGAAACUUUCGUAUAACACGAAUUAUGCGCAAAUCCUAAAUGCUAAUUAAAACGUUAUUUUUGUUAAAAAAGAACAAUGUUCAUUAUCUGUAGAGAAAAAAUAGAGCAAAAUACUAGUCAGUUCAGUCUUUUUUUCAGUAGUUAAAACUACUGUAUGGCUAUAAUCGUAUCCUGUUUAAAUAAAGAUUAAUACAUUGCA